UUGAAAUCUUCCUUAAAUACAUUGCGGUUUCGUAUAAAAAAGCGCCGACCAUGUAAACCGUUUAUGAAAACAAAAUGUGUCACUUCUUCCUGCUUUAUGUUUUAAAAUUCUUAUUUAGAAGUGAAAUGAUGUCUUUGGAAUUAAAGGAUAUUUCUCCUUUUCUUAUAUUACUGCUGGCGUACGGUUGCUCAGCUUCGUGCAGUGUAGGCUGUCUCAAUGGUCAAUGUGACACAACAACGGGAUAUUGUACAUGUAGAGAUGGCUACUAUAAUGCGAGAUGCUCAUAUAAAUGCGGUGAAGGAUGUUCCAAUGGUCGAUGUGACAGUACAACGGGAUAUUGUACAUGUAGAGAUGGCUACUAUAAUGCGAGAUGCUCAUGCAAGUGCGGUGAAGGAUGUUCCAAUGGUCAAUGUGACCAAACUUCGGGAUAUUGUACAUGUAAAGAUGGCUACUAUAAUGCGAGAUGCUCAUAUAAUUGCAGUGAAGGAUGUUCCAAUGGUCGAUGUGACCAAACAUCGGGAUAUUGUACAUGUAAAGAUGGCUACUAUAAUACGAGAUGCUCAUUUAAGUGCGGUGAAGGAUGUUCCAAUGGUCGAUGUGACCAAACUUCGGGAUAUUGUACAUGUAAAGAUGGCUACUAUAAUGCGAGAUGCUCAUAUAAGUGUGGUGAAGGAUGUUCCAAUGGUCGAUGUGACACAACAACGGGAUAUUGUACAUGUAAAGAUGGCUACUAUAAUGCGAGAUGCUCAUAUAAGUGCGGUGAAGGAUGUUCCAAUGGUCGAUGUGACACAACAACGGGAUAUUGUACAUGUAAAGAUGGCUACUAUAAUGCGAGAUGCUCAUAUAAGUGCGGUGAAGGAUGUUCCAAUGGUCGAUGUGACACAACAACGGGAUAUUGUACAUGUAAAGAUGGCUACUAUGGUUCGAGAUGCUCACAUAAGUGCGGUGAAGGAUGUUCCAAUGGUCAAUGUGACACAACAACGGGAUAUUGUACAUGUAAAGAUGGCUACUUUGGGACGAAAUGCUCAUGGAACUUGGCUACUGAGAUUGUUAUCUACUUGACCUGAAAUAUUGUGAAUGGUACUCAUUAAGUUACCUUGUGUCUUUUAACAUGACAUUGGUUGACUUUAGAAUACUACGUGUGUGCCUGUAGUGUCCAUUAUAUAAUUGGAACAAUAGUCAAGCCUAGUCACCUUCCCAUGCUGUUCAACUAUACUAAUUGGCAAGAACAGUGUGCAGCAUUUACUCUCUAAUUUGGUUACUAGUAGUUUAUUUGUUAUUAUAUCAUACAUGACGUCGCCAAUACGAAAUUAAGAAAGGCUAUACCUAGGUUUGGUGUAUGACUGGAUUAAUGACACAUGACGCGGCGUGAUAAAUUAAAUGCGUUGAAGGUAUGCUCGAAUUAUAAAGACAUUUUAUAUACUGAAAUUGAGGUCAAAGUUCGUUUAUAUCUAGUAGGGAAAAGUUGUUUCAAUCGAUUCCGUUUUGAAUUACCGUUUAUGUAUCAUGAACAUAGAAAGAUAAAUCUGGUCGCUAGAAUGUUGAUGUAUCAUCACUUAUUGUUGACCACAAUAGCCAAUUGGUGUUUCAAUAACCUUUCAAUAUUUAUCUGUAAAUAAAGUUCGUAUAGCAGUUUAAUUUUCAACUUAUACGUUGGAACAUUAUGUAACGAACAUUUUUUACAAUCGUUGUCUUCUUAGUGAUUCAAUGUUAGAAUUUUCGGAAGCCGUUUGUUGUACUUUCAGACAUUGUUAAAUGCAUGCAGUUUUUCUGCACGUUCUGUGUGAAAACGAAUACUAUAACUCGUAGUUAAUUUGUCGGAGGUAAAUUAUUAAACCCUUGUUGUGCUGUUGCGUGCUGGAAGUUGGCUUGAAUGUCGUCGUUAUUUGAUUUUAUUGUAACUGCAAUAUGUUAACCUUUGAUCCAUUAAACAAGUCUAAGCCCUG